AGUUACUUUGCUGUUCGAAACAAGAGAGAAAGAUUGAGAGGAUGCUUCAUAGUAAAGGGGGAGGAACUAAGGAAAUCCAAGAAAGACUGCAAAGACUAUAACAAGUAGACUGAAGCCGUAGGGAAGACAGUCACACUAGAGAUAUCCUGCUACAAUGGCAAUAUCCAAGAGAUUAUGUUAUUCUCUCAUCAUUGUGCUCUUUGUGGCUAUUGCGGUGGUCGUCCCCUUAGUACUGUUACAUAGACAGUCCAGCUGUGAGGACGGAUUCGUACAUGGAGCAGUAGCUGCAGACUCUGAGAUUUGCUCGAAUAUUGGCAGAGACAUCCUAAAGCGAGGAGGCUCUGCUGUGGAUGGCGCUAUUGCUGCUUUGCUUUGUACAUCAGUGAUAAAUCCACAGAGUAUGGGCCUUGGAGGAGGUGUCAUUUUUACUAUAUAUAAUGCCCCUACAGGUAAUGUGACAGUCAUCAAUGCUAGAGAAACAGUUCCCCAAGAUUUUCCUCCAAACUUAAUGGAGCAGUGUGCAGAUAGAAGAAUGCUUAAACCAGGAGUGCAAUGGAUUGGGGUACCUGGAGAGCUAAGGGGAUAUGAGGCUGCUCACAAGCUGUAUGGGCGACUGCCUUGGAAAGAUCUUGUUCAGCCUACAAUCAAACUGGUGACAGAUGGAGUUAACGUCUCAAAUGUUCUGUUCAAAUUUAUCAAUGUAACUUCAAAACUCAUACUUGCUAAUUCAUUGUGCCACUUGCUUUGUAAAGACAAAGAUGUAUUAAAAGCAGGAGAUCCUAUAAACUAUAACCAAUUGGCACACACCCUCCAGACGGUGGCAGAUGAAGGAGUUGACAGCUUUUAUAAUGGUUCCAUAGCAAAGAAAAUGGUGGAGGAUCUUGGAAAUCAAGGAAGCAAUCUCACCCUAGAAGACUUCAAAAAUUACAAGGUCCAAAUUGUAAGCCCAUUAAAUGUGGCUCUAGGAAACUACAUGUUGUACACAGCUCCCCCACCAGCUGGUGGUGCUGUUCUCAGCUUCAUCCUUAACAUUCUUGAAGGAUAUCAUUUUGAGAAAAGCGCUAUGAAGACUGUGUCCAACCAGAUAGAAACCUACCAUCGCAUUGUAGAAGCCUUGAAAUUUGCAAAUGGUAACAGAGAUAAACUUACAGACCCUGUGACAUCUGCCAACAUUCAAGAGUUCACAAAAACCUGGUUCUCUAAGAAUUAUGCAAAGGAAAUCAGGAACAAAAUUGAUGACUAUGGUGAUCAUGACUUCCAUUAUUAUAAUCUGUCUACAGUUAAAAAUAAACAGACCUUUGGCACAACUCACGUCUCUGUGAUCAGCAAAGAUGGAUCGUCUGUUUCUGCCACUAGCUCCAUCAAUCACGUCUUUGGUUCCAUGAUUUAUUCACAAAGCACAGGAAUAAUCUUUAACAAUCAGCUAGCGGAUUUCUGCAAUAUCCCAAUGGUGUCCUUAAAGGAAGGGAUGCAGCCACCAUCUUCCAUGACACCAGCCAUUCUUUUGUCCAAAGACAAGAUGUCUCAACUGGUAAUAGGUGGUUCGGGUGGUCUAAGGAUUAUAAGUGCUACUGCACAGGCUAUUAUAAACAAGUUGUGGUUUGGCUAUAACAUGAAAGAAGCAAUCUCAGCUCCUGUUCUCCAUGUACAACUAGAUAAUACAGUGGAUUUCGAGAAAUCAUUCAGUACGACAAUACAGAAGGGGCUCAAGGAUAAAAAACAUAACACUACUGAAGCUAAGUUUGCACUUAAUGUGGUCCAAGGGAUUUACAAAGACAAAAGCUGUUUAUUUCCCUACUCAGACACUAGGAAAUUAGGAAAAGCUGCAGGCUAUUAAUACAAUACAUGCAAGACUUUUAUGACUGCACAUUGCAAGCAGAAUUAAUGGUGGAUUUUACCACCUUUGGUUAGAGGUUCCAAUGAGAACACAAAGGAUAUCCAAAUAUUACAAGAUCAAAGUUGAAAUGGUUAUCGAGCUAAUAAAAUAUAUCCCCUAUCCACAGGAUAGGGGAUAAAUGUCUGACAGCUGGGACCCCUCCACUUUAAAUCUCCAGAAGAGGGCCGUCUCUUACCACUAAGUGUUGUGGCCCCCACCUUCCAAGACGAUCUAGUCUCGUUAGUGACGGCCCACUCAAUUAAUCAAAAUUAAUUGAGUGGGCCGUCUACUGUCGAGACUAGUAAAUCUAGGAAGGUGCGUGCCGGAUCACUACGUGAUAAGAGAUGUGCCCCAUCUUGGAGCUUGCAGAGGGUCCGAUCACUGCCCCCUCCCCCUGCAACCAGACACUUAUCCCCUAUUUUGUGGUUAGGGGAUAUAUUUUAUUAGCUGGAUAACCUUUUUAAUCGAUUACAAAUAAAAUGUGAUUGUUUUAUAUAGUGGGAAUCAACAGCUAGAUACAGAUCAAUGUUUUAAAGAGCUGGUGCUUAUAUUUUCUGUGAUAUAUUUGUGAUACCUCCAGUGGUCUUAUUUAUAUUAUCAAGUGUUUACAGUACUGGUUCAACAUUCUGACAUUUAAACUAUUUUAUUGUACCAUAUUUUUAUGUAGUUGUACUUUAUAUUAGGCAGCAGUGACAGGGAAGCCUAUUCUCAAAAAAAUCAGUUUGAAGUUAAGCAUUCACCUAUUGGUAAUACAAAGAAUGUAGCUUAUGAGGAAUAUAAAAUAUUACAUAUAUUAGAGCAGCAUUUAAGCCCCCCUUUUUUUUUACCAUUGUGCUGAUUUACAUAAGCAGUGCCUUGCUAGCACAGCAUUCCUAAGGUUGUAUUAGUAGACUUAACAUGGCAGGCAUGUUAAAGGCCUUGAUAAAGGCUUCCUGCUGUCAUUUUAACCAAUCGGCACCCUGUGAUCGCAUUGCAGGGGUGCCGAUUAAACCUCCGACACACAUGGCAGCUAUCAAUUUGUCAUAUAAAUGCCACAAUCACCCAUGAUUUUUCUUGUUAUUCUGUCUCUCACACUGCAGGGGAUCAAAUAAUGUGUUCUUUCACUGUAGAUGGGAGAAUUAUUUCAGUGUCCAGCCAGCUGACAGAGAUGGUACUGGCUCCAGCAGCUACCCAUGCAAUACUGUAGUAAUACAUCAUAGGAUUGAUAGAAAUGCACAGAGGGAUACUGUAGAUAGCAGCUUGAAAUCUGAAAAUUAAUAUGGCGGCUGGUCAGAAGCAGAGAGGAGACAAGGCUACAUGGAAGUGAAAGGGCUACAUAGAAGAAGUCAAGAAUGUGAUCAUGCACCAGGUGUAGAGGCAAUGAUAUUUUAUGCUAUCGUACAUUCAUAUGUCUAUAAAACUGUAUUUUUACAUCCAUUCCUUAUUUUUAAAAUGUCACCAUUACUCAUAAAAGUCAGUGAAGCAUGGAAACUCAAUUCUUUAAUUUACAUCCGUACAUCAUCCUUGUUACUGAUGUUUUUUUUCUUCAAAACAAAAUUAUUAAAGAGACCCUAGAACUGUAAAAGUGCAAGCUGUCUAUCAUAACCCAUACUUGGCUGUAUAAGCACUAACCAGCUGCAGCACUGAAUUAGUCUGUUUGGUUAUGCUAACUCUGUAAAGUGUACCAAAGACUUAGGGCAUUUUAGCUGGGAGGCCACUGUCAAUUUCAAACACAUAUGUAAAAAUUUAAAGGGGUUGUCCAGUGGAAACUGUUAAUUUACUAUUGU